UGAACGCGUUCAGUAGACGCGUCGCGCAGUGGAGCAGACACACACCUGAGGAAUAGCGGCGCGAUGGCUGAUCAUCUCAUACAGAUCAAUGACUCUUCCGCCGCUGUUAUUCGAUUCGCGCGGAAAGGAGCUCUGCGUCAGAAGAACGUGCAUGAAGUUAAAAAUCAUAAAUUCACCGCUCGAUUCUUCAAGCAGCCCACAUUCUGCAGCCACUGCACCGACUUUAUCUGGGGAUUUGGAAAGCAAGGCUUCCAGUGCCAAGUGUGCUGUUUUGUUGUCCACAAAAGGUGCCAUGAGUUUGUUACCUUCUGCUGUCCUGGGGCUGACAAGGGCCCUGACACAGAUGACCCCAGAAGCAAGCACAAGUUUAAGAUCCACAGCUACGGCAGUCCAACCUUCUGCGAUCACUGCGGCUCACUGCUAUAUGGACUCAUACACCAGGGGAUGAAAUGCGACACGUGUGACAUGAACGUUCAUAAGCAGUGUGUGAUGAAUGUGCCGAGUCUGUGCGGGACAGAUCACACAGAGCGCCGAGGAAGACUGUUCCUCAAGAUUGAGGUCAGCGGAGACAGACUUCACGUCACAGUGGGUGAGGCCAGAAAUCUGAUUCCCAUGGACCCCAACGGACUGUCAGAUCCGUAUGUGAAACUCAAGCUCAUCCCAGACCCCAAAAACGAGACCAAACAAAAGACUAGGACCAUCCGUUCCUCACUCAAUCCCACCUGGAAUGAGUCUUUUAUCUUUAAGUUAAAGGCGUCGGAUAAGGAGCGGCGUCUGUCGGUGGAGGUGUGGGACUGGGACAGAACCACUCGUAAUGAUUUCAUGGGCUCCAUGUCAUUUGGUGUGUCUGAACUGAUCAAAGCUCCUGUAUGUGGCUGGUAUAAGAUGUUGAACCAGGAGGAGGGUGAGUACUAUAACGUCCCCAUCCCAGAGGAGAACGACAUUAACCUGGAGCUGCGGCAGAAAUUUGAGGCCUGUCAGCUCAAUUUCCACCUCCUGAAGAAAGCUCGGCUUGGCCCAGGGAAGAAGGUCAUCACACCCUCUGAUCACCGGCGCUUCAGUUUUCCAUCUGGAAACAUGGACAGAGUCCGACUCAAUGACUUCCAUUUUCUGACUCUUCUAGGCAAAGGCAGUUUUGGGAAGGUGAUGUUGGCGGAGAUGAAGUCCACUGAGGAACUAUAUGCUAUUAAAAUCCUGAAGAAGGAUGUUGUGAUCCAGGAUGAUGAUGUUGAGUGCACAAUGGUGGAGAAGAGAGUGCUGGCCCAGAGAGAAAAGCCACCGUUUCUCACCCAACUGCAUUCAUGCUUCCAGACUGUGGAUCGCCUCUACUUUGUAAUGGAGUACAUUAACGGAGGAGACCUGAUGUACCACAUCCAGCAUGUGGGCAAGUUUAAGGAGCCACAAGCCGUAUUCUAUGCUGCUGAAAUCGCUGUAGGACUGUUUUUUCUCCAUAGGAAGGGAAUUAUCUACAGAGAUUUGAAGUUGGAUAAUGUGAUGUUGGACUCUGAGGGACACAUUAAGAUCGCAGACUUCGGCAUGUGUAAGGAGAACAUGUUUGAGGGCAUGACGACGCGCACCUUCUGCGGAACGCCCGAUUACAUCGCCCCAGAGAUUAUCGCGUAUCAGCCGUAUGGUAAAUCAGUGGACUGGUGGGCUUAUGGUGUCCUCCUCUACGAGAUGCUGGCUGGGCAGCCUCCAUUUGAUGGAGAGGACGAGGAUGAGCUGUUUCAAUCCAUAAUGGAGCACAACGUAUCCUACCCCAAAUCCCUGUCUAAAGAGGCCGUGUCCAUUUGUAAAGGGCUGAUGACGAAGCACCCGUCUAAGCGUCUGGGUUGCAGUCCAGAGGGUGAGAGAGAUAUAAAAGAGCAGGCUUUCUUCCGCAGAAUUGACUGGGAACGACUCGCAAACAGAGAGAUCCAACCUCCAUUCAAACCCAAAGUGUGCGGCAAAGCAGCGGAGAACUUUGACAAAUUCUUCACACGCGCGCAGCCCAUGCUGACUCCUCCAGACCAACUGGUCAUUGCCAACAUUGACCAGAGUGAAUUUGCUGGAUUCUCAUUCAUAAACCCGGAGUUCAUCCACCCAGCAUCGCUUCACAGUGUGGUAUGAGACGGCCCGAUGAAGAAGUGACCAUCCGACCAGCUCAAACUACCAAUCGCAUCAACGUUAUUUAUGAACACACCAAAUCUUUGUAGACAGUUGAAUACCCUUUAUCUGAACAUAUAUGAACUGAGGGGACACUGGAUCGGGGGGGGUGGGGGGGUUUAGUGGCGGAAUGAAAAUAUAUCAUAAAAGCUUGUGUCCACAUUCACACUUUGAGGGCAAUACCUAAUUUAGAUGAUAUUAGUUUGUUCCAAAACCUAGUGAGCUGUCUAGGGAGUUGCUUACUGUCCUGUACGUCUCGUAUUUUGGCCGAAAAAAUCCUGUACAGGAUGCCUAUUUAUGCUAGCGGCGAGAUGCUCAAGGAGGAUGUUCGGACAGCUCAAAAUGCUCAAGCAUUCCAUAUAUGGCAAGAAGUUUUCUAACUAAUCGGACUUACGGUUUUCCCAAAAUCCUAUAUACUUCCAUUGACAGAAUGUUCAAAGAGGCCAAGACUAUUUAAACUGAAAAAAAAUGCAUAUGUAAACUAGAUUGGUAAAGUUUGUCUACUCCAGACAAACUUUGAUGUUGGCUUGGCAAAGCAUGGCUUGAAAGUUUUAAAUAGUUCAAAGUUUGAAGUUAAAGGUAAUACAGGCCUUCCUGUCAGACACAAAGUCAGACAGACUGAUAAACCUUGAGAAAGACCACAUUUGACCACAUCAGACCACAUUAGACCAUUACAGAUUGCAUUAGUCCUCAUCAGACCCCAUAGAGACCACAACAGACCACUUCAGACUCAUACUACAUUAGACCAUAUCAGACCACGUUAGAAUCACUAGAGACCACGUCAGACCUUAUUAAACUUCAUCAGACCAUCAAGAAACCACAUUAGACCUCACAGAACCCCUAGAUCAGAUCAAACCAAGCUAACAUCAAAGUUUCUCUUGACAAACUUUACCUAUCUACUUAGUCUUUUGUGUUGUUAGAUUAGCAUCAUGCUAAUGUCAAGUCUCCCUUGAGGAGUGAGUAUUUGUGUGGUGCGUGGAGUGGUAACCUGUGUAGGUGUUCCAAAUCCAUCACUAAUGAGGUUUCCAUAGAAGGCGGCUGCCUAUGCAGACAGUGGUCAGCAAGCAAGUUCACUAGGGUUUGGAACAGAGUAAUAAUGAGUGUGCUGUACGUCCUCAUAGCAAUUAAAGUUUGUCUAAUGCCUGUAUGCAGAAAGGUGUUGUGUGCAGGCCAAAGACCAGUGUAUUUUUACAAAGCUUACAGAUAUUUUUGAUGGUGGAAAUGGUGAGCGAUCCCUUGUUCCAGACCUCAGAUUAGUUGUGUGUGCAGCAUGCUUGACAUGAAGCAGGUUUUUGUGUCCUAUCCCUUAUAUCUUCUCUACUGCCAUUUCUAAUGUUCCUGAAUUAUAUAUUUGUAAAUCUUGUUAUAGGAGUGCCAAAAUAUAGCUGCAUCAAAAAGUUUUUUAUAUCUAGCUCUAUACAGUAUAUGCAUAUUAAUUUGCUAAUGUCCCGUAACUUGACCUGGGCUGACACUUGAACCCUUGAACCACUCCCGAAGUUUUAGCAUGACAGCUUCUGAUCCAAUUGCUGCCUGCUUGCCUAGCUCAACAUAUACAGAUGUUUCUCUCUUGAUCUAAAUGUACAAAUUGUGAGACUGUGUGAUUCUUCAUUGGUAACUGGCAGACCCACAUGGAAUCAGCAUCUAAAGAACUCAACAGAAAGCUCUUUGUCUGCAGAAUUGGAACACCAAUCAUUCACAAAGUUUGACAAAUCUCCUAUCCAUUGUGUGUUAGUUUAUUAAAUAUUUUGGUUAAUCUGAUUAUGUUUUCAGCUUCCAAAAAGUGUGUAGUACUCUCAAUUUUACACACGUUUUCACCCAAAAUCAGCACAGUUGGGUAACGACGGGUAAAUGUACAGCCUGAUCUCUUGAAAAUUAUGUGACUGUGGCAACAUGUGUGCAAAAUUAUAUCACAUGGUUCAUAACACGUAUUGUGGCAGUUCCAAAGUUAAAUGUCCACUGUGUGGCACUAGAAGUGAGUGAAAUGUUCUCACAAACAGAUGAGGUUUUUGAGGUUAAUGCUAUCGAGUUUAUAUCAACAAAACGUACCUCCCUACCCUAAACCUUCAACUUAAACCUAACCAAUAGCAAAAUCAAAGCAAAUAUGUGAUGAAAAACAAUUGCUAAAGCAACCACAUAAUUUUGUGGCGCUUCUAUAACACUUUCGGCUCACGUAUCGACUAACAUGGUCUGCUCUGUUUAGAUGCGUUUAGAUAUCAUUGUGUGAGGAACAGAGUGAAAAAUAAGUGUUUAUGGACUGAUAAUCUGCUAUUUUACCCGUAAUUUGGAAUAAAAAUCAUUGUUGUAGCGCCUCUACUGUUCAUUCACUUGGAAACUGCCGCAAUACAUACGGUGCGUAAAAUCAUUUUGCAAAAAUUUUGGUAAAAUAACGUGAUUCUGAGAGACCAGUUUGCAAAUGUUGCAAGAGGUAUAUGCGACAUUUAAAAUCCAAUAGAGUCACUAUAUUUUGAUUUGUAAAGGUAAUGGUCUUCAGUUAAAAUCCAGCAUAUUAUACUAAAGAAAACUUCCACUGAUAGACUCAAACAGUCACAAAGAAUGUGAAAAAAGGCCAAAAAUGUUGCACUUUGAACUGUAGUGGGGAGAAUCUCGCGAAACCUAUCAAGAACAUCACAUUUAACCCCAAAAAUGAAAAUAAAAUAAAAAUAAUUUUACAUUAUCUGUUUUUUCUCCAAACAUCAAAACAACUCAAAAUUUUAUUAUUAACAUGGGAAUGUUAAUUGUUUUCAAAAUGUCAAAUAAUGUUCUAUAUACAUACAGCUCUGGAAAAAUUUAAGAGACCAUUGCAAAAUUCUGAUUAACAAUUUUUAUUGAUUCACAUAUAUGUAACUCAUAAGACAAAACAAAUAUAUACAUAGAAUCAAACUUAACCCCAACUAUUACCCCUCCCAAUCCCACCCUAACCCCAACAACAUAACAAUGGUCCCAAAUGACAUAGACACACACAUGCACAAAAAAAUAAAAUAAAAUAAACAGAUAAACACAACAACAAUAAUCACAUAUCCACAAAUGACAAAUACCCGCCCCAUUUCUCCACGAACACUUUAUACCUCCCCGUUCCUCUGAAUGUUACUUCCUCAAAGGCCGCCAGCCUUCCCAUCUCCGUGCACCACUCCUGAAAAGAGGGCGCUCCAGCUGACCUCCAGCCCCUCAAAAUGAUCUGCCUGCCAGUCAUGACACUAGUUAAGACCCAACUCUUUAUGUGUCUACUUUCAAUGUCAAUGACCGCCCCAUCACCCAAGAAACAGAGUCUGGGGCAGAAUGAUACCUGAAUGCCUAACACAUCGCACACCAGACUCUGCACCUUUAACCAAAACUUUUGAAUUUCAACACACCCCCAAAAGACAUGGGUUAUAUCUCCGUCCACUGAUUGGCAUCGCCAGCAGGUGGGUGUGUCUUUAAGACCAAGCCUAUACAAUUUAGAGGGGGUCCAAUAGAACCGAUGUAAAAUCUUGAAUUGUAUAAGGUGCGCCCUUGCAUCUCUGCAUGCAGUUUUUGUUUUCUUAAAUCCUAGCCCAUUCUCCCUCCUCCAAUUCUAAGUUUAAAUAUUUCUCCCAUAAUCUCUUGAGUGUGGUUGAGACUCCGUCCCCCAGACUCUGAAUUAGCAGGGAGUAAUACACUGAUGCCUCAUGACCUUUUCCAAAAGCAGAAAUCACCACUCCCAGAGUAUCUGCUGCUUUAGGGGGUGUAUGCUAUUCCCAAAAAUAGUACAGAGCAAGUGGCGUAGCUGAAGAUACCUAAAAAAACUGAGAUCUGGGGAUCCCGAAAUAUUGAACCAAAUUUUCGAAGGAUCUCAUCACACCACUCUCAUAAAGAUCACCGAGUGUAUUAACCCCCCUCGCAAUCCACUCCGACCAACAAAAAGGGGACUUAUCAAUGCAUAGUUUGGGGUUUAGCCAUAGGCUCGAGGCAACAUUUAGAUAAAUAUCUGAAUUAAACACUCUGGACACUUUUGUCCAUACUGAGUGCAAAUGUGAAAUAACGGGGUGUGAUUUAACUUCUCUGGUUAGAUUGGCAGAAAGGCUUUGAAAUGGCAAAAUAGGGGCAAGAACUUCUUGUUCAAUGCAGAACCAGGGAGGGGCUCUUUCAGGUGGAAGCGACCAAUGAGCCAAAUGUCUGAGACCAAACGCAUAAUAAUAAAACAAAAUCUUGAGUAGGCCUAGCCCACCUUUGUCAAUCGGCCUAUGUAGUUUACUAAAAUGUAAUCUGGGGCGUUUGCCACUCCAAAUAAUAGACUUCGCUAUGCUCUCAAAUUGCUUGAAAUAAGAGAGGGGGACAUCUAACAGGAGAGACUGUAGCAGGUAGUUAAAUUUUGGAAUACAGUUAAUUUUAAUAACAUUAACCUUCCCAAUCAUCGAUAAAUGUAAUGAAGCCCAAUUGUCUACAUCGCUAAAAAUCCUUUUUAUUAAAGGGUCAAAAUUAACUCUAACUAAAUCAGACAAAUUUGCUGGGAAUAAAAUACCCAAAUACUUAUUGCCCUGUUUGGGCCACUGGAAGGCACCUGGCUGGAAGGCUAUUACUGGACAGUACGCUGUCAGAGCCAAAGCUUCGGAUUUAGACCAGUUGACUUUGUAUCCUGAGAAUUUGGAAAAGGAAUUAAUAAUUCUGUGGAGGCAAGGCAUAGAUUUAGUUGGGUCAGAGUCGAAUAAUAAAAUAUCAUCUGCAUAAAGCAGAAGCUAAAGCGCCACGCCUCCCGCCAUCACCCCUGGAAAAUGAUCCUCCUUUCUUAUUGUGGCUGCUAAUGGUUCCAGGGCAAGACAGAACAAUAAUGGGGAAAGAGGGCAACCUUGCUGGGUGCCCCUAUUCAGCGUAAAAUAAUCUGAAAUGAAUCCAUUUGUUUGUACCGCCGCUACCAGGUGUCUAUAAAGUGACUUGAUCCAACCAAUAAACGUACUCCCGAACCCAUACAUUUCCAAAAUCUUAAAAAGAUAAUCCCUUUCUACCAUAUCAAAUGCCUUUUUGGCGUCAAGUGAGAUGGCAGCGACCAGAGUCUGAUCAUUCGCCACUGACCACAUGAUAUUGAUGAAACAUCUAAUUUUAUCAGAAGAGCUACGACCCCGAAUAAACCCCAUCUGAUCUAUAUGUAUAAGAGAUGUCAUAACUUUACAUAAUAGGUUAGCCAAAACUAUAGCCAAAAAUUUUACAUCUAGCUGGAUCAGGGAAAUUGGAUGGUAACUUGGAGGAAGCUUUCCAUUUUUUAAUGAUUCCGAAUAAACUUCUAACAAAAGUGGAGCCAAUUCUGUAGCAUAAGAUCUAAAAAAUUCAGCAGCAAAGCCAUCUGGCCCCGGAGACUUGCCUAUAGGUAAGGCCUUAAUUACCUCGUAAAGUUCCUCCAAGGUUAUCACAGAAUCAAGAGAGUUUUUUUUGCUCAGUCGUCAAUUUAGGGAGUUCUAAUCGUUCCACAAAAUUUCUAAUAUCAUCAUCAGUAGACGAAGACAUGGAACUAUAGAGAUCAAGAUAGAACUCUUUAAAGGCAUUAUUAAUAUCAAUGGCAGAUGUAAAAAUUUCACCACCAGCAGAUUUCACCGAAGGAAUGGUAGAAAAAGACUCUCUCUGCUUUAUAUAUCUAGACAAAAGCUUCCCGGCUUUGUCCCCUGACUCAAAAUAUGACUGUCUUGCCCUGAAUAACCAAAACUCCACUUUCCGCGACAAAAUAGUAUCAUAUCUGUAUUUCAAUCGGGUCAAUUCUCUGAGGCUAUCAGACGACAUUUUUAAUAUUCCUUUCCAACUCCACUAGUUCUCGUGCUUUGGAUUUUUUGGUGAAUGAGGCAUACUGGAUGAUCUGACCCCUAAGAACCGCCUUAAGUGCCUCCCAAGCCACGCCCACAGAGGAUACUGAGGACCAGUUGGUCUCCAUAUAGACAUUGAUUUCAGUCUUUAACAUCUGUUGGAAAUCAGGAUUUUGCAAAAGGGAUACAUUAAAGUGGCAGCUGUAUGAUUUCUUUUUCUCCGUAUGUGGCAACACCCCUAAACUCACCAGGGCGUGAUCUGAGACUAAAAUGUUUCCAAUUGAGCAAUCAAUAACAGAUUAAAUGAGGGAUUUAGAUAUAAAAAAAAAAAAAGAA